CUGGAAUAACACAUAAACAACCCCAAUAGGACAAAUAGCAGCCGCCAACAUGAGCAUACCCAACGAAUAUAUUGCAAAAACGGAAGAUGUGGCCGAACAGGUUAUCAAGCGCGGCAAAUACGUACUACCGACUGUUGCACGAUUAUGCCUGAUCGCCACCUUCUUCGAGGAUGGCCUGCGCAUGUAUUUCCAAUGGAACGAACAGCGCGAAUACAUGGACAUGAGCUGGGGCUGCGGCAAGUUCUUGGCCACAGUUUUUGUGCUAACGAAUCUGCUGGGACAACUGGGCGGCUGUGGCAUGGUAAUGGCCAGAUUCAAGGUGGACAUUGCGGUCGGUCUGCUGUUCUUCAUUGUGGUGCUGCAGACAAUCGCGUAUUCCAUACUGUGGGACUUCCAGUUCUUGCUACGCAACUUUGCUCUGAUCGGCGCUCUGCUGCUGGUGUUGGCCGAGGCUAGGAUCGAGGGACGCAGCUUAUUUGCCGGCGUGCCAUCGCUGGGCGACAACAAGCCCAAGAACUUCAUGCAGCUGGCUGGUCGCAUUCUGCUUGCCUUCAUGUUCAUCACACUCAUCCGCUUCGAGCUGAGCGUGUGGAAUGUCAUUCAGGACAUCAUUGGCUCCACCUUGAUGGUGCUCGUUGUGCUGGGCUACAAGACAAAGUUGUCGGCGUUAAUUUUGGUUGCGCUGCUGACGGUGCUCAAUCUAUAUCAUAAUGCCUGGUGGACAAUUCCCUCGUACAAGCCACUAAGAGAUUUUUUGAAAUAUGACUUUUUCCAGACACUUUCGGUUAUCGGGGGUUUGCUCAUGAUUGUCUCCUUGGGCCCCGGUGGCGUCUCCAUGGAUGAGCACAAGAAGAAGUGGUAGAGCUUCUUCUACACCUACAAAAGCAAAUUUGACUUCAAUUGCGAUUAACUCUUGAAUGAGAUCAUUUAGUUAGAAUUACCAUAAAAUGGAACAACAGGAGAUGCACAACAACAACAACACCGAAUAGAACCCGAAAGAAAGAAUGAAAAAAU